GUGUGUGUGCAUGCGUACAACCUUUCCUGUGACCAUAAAACUUGCAUUAGCUCACUGCACUUACAGCUAGACAUAAGCUCAGCAGGCUAACCCAGUCUUUGGAUAAUGUAUGUGUUCCAGACAGUAUGCCAGCGGAGCCGGGCCUGUCCCCGGCUGACGUAGUGAAUGCUAACUGUGCUAUCUGUGGAGACAAGGCUACAGGGAAACACUACGGAGCCUCCAGCUGUGACGGAUGUAAAGGCUUCUUCAGACGCUCCAUACGCAAGAACCACGUCUACUCCUGCAGGUAGGUGUGUGUGCCCGUGUGUUCAGCUUUCAGCUGCAGCCACCAGAGACUGUGUCUAUUAUAACAACAAACAUAACAUGAGAUAUUAACGUUACUGUAAUCAUUACACUGCUGCAGGUACAGAAGUCACUAGUUGGUAAUGCUGGAACGAACAGAACUACAAGGCAGGCCCGUAGAGUUCAGAUAUUGACAGUGAUCCUGUGUGUUGUAUCUGUCUGUGCGUCUCCAGGUUUAACCGUCAGUGUGUGGUGGACAAGGACAAGAGGAACCAGUGUCGGUUCUGCAGACUCCACAAGUGUUUCAGAGCUGGCAUGAAGAAAGAAGGUCGGCCACAUCAAACCAGUACUACUGAAUACCAAUACAAUACCAUUAAUGUACAGGCUUUUGUUCCAGCCCAGCACUAACUCUGUACUCUCAAAUGAAACGUAUUACAUGAUGAAAAGAGAAGUAGUAAGUGUGAGGAGGGAAUCAGGACUGGGAGGUUGAAACUAUGGAUACUGGGUAGCUGGGAGGCUGAAACUAUGGAUACUGGGUAGCUGGGAGGCUGAAACUCUGGAUAAUGGGCAGCUGGGAGGCUGAAAUUCUUGAUACUGGGUAGCUGGGAGGCUGAAACUAUGAAUACUGGGUGGCUGGGAGGCUGAAACUAUGGAUAAUGGGCAGCUGGGAGGCUGAAAUUCUGGAUACUGGGUAGCUGGGAGGCUGAAACUAUGAAUACUGGGUGGCUGGGAGGCUGAAAUUAUGGAUACUGGGAGGCUGGGAGACUGAAACUGUGGAUACUAGCUGGUUGGGAGGCUGAAACUAUGGAUUCUGGGAAGUUGAAACUAUGGAUACUAGGUGGUUGGGAGGCUGAAACUAUGGAUACUAGGUGGCUGGGAGGCCGACACUAUGGAUACUGGGUGGCUGGGAGGCUGAAACUAUGGAUACUGGGUGGCUGGGAGGUUGAAACUAUGGAUACUAGGUGGCUGGGAGGCUGAAACUAUAGAUACAGGGUGGUUGGGAGGCUGAAACUAUGGAUACUAUUUGGCUGGGAGGUUGAAACUAUGGAUACUGGGUGGCUGGGAGGUUGAAACUUUGGAUGCCGGGUGGCUGGGAUGUUGAAACUAUGGGUGCUUGGUGGUUGGGAUGCUGAAACUAUGGAUGCUGGGUGGCUGGGAGGCUGAAACUAUGGAUGAUGGGUGGCUGUGAGGUUGAAACUAUGGAUACUGGGUGACUGGGAGGUUGAAACUAUGGAUACUGGGUGGCUGGGAUUUUGAAAUUAUGGAUGCUGGGUGGCUGGGAGGCUGAAACAAUGGAUACUGGCUGGUUGGGAGGCUGAAACUAUGGAUUCUGGGAAGUUGAAACUAUGGAUAUUAGGUGGUUGGGAGGCUGAAACUAUGGAUGAUGGGUGGCUGUAAGGUUGAAACUAUGGAUACUGGGUGGCUGGGAUUUUGAAAUGAUGUAUGCUGGGUGGCUGGGAGUGUGAAACUAUGGAUACUGGGUGGCUGGGAUUUUGAAAUGAUGUAUGCUGGGUGGCUGGGAGGGUGAAACUAUGGAUACUGGCUGGUUGGGAGGCUGAAACUAUGGAUUUUGGAAAGUUGAAACUAUGGAUACUAGGUGGUUGGGAGGCUGAAACUAUGGAUGAUGGGUGGCUGUGAGGUUGAAACUAUGGAUACUGGGUGGCUGGGAGGUUGAAACUAUGGAUACUGGGUGGCUGGGAUUUUGAAAUUCUGGAUACUGGGUGGCUGGGAGGCUGAAACUAUGAAUACUGGGUGGCUGGGAGGCUGAAACUAUGGAUACUGGGAGGCUGGGAGACUGAAACUGUGGAUACUAGCUGGUUGGGAGGCUGAAACUAUGGAUUCUGGGAAGUUGAAACUAUGGAUACUAGGUGGUUGGGAGGCUGAAACUAUGGAUACUAGGUGGCUGGGAGGCUGACACUAUGGAUACUGGGUGGCUGGGAGGCUGAAACUAUGGAUACUGGGUGGCUGGGAGGUUGAAACUAUGGAUACUAGGUGGCUGGGAGGCUGAAACUAUAGAUACAGGGUGGUUGGGAGGCUGAAACUAUGGAUACUAUUUGGCUGGGAGGUUGACACUAUGGAUACUGGGUGGCUGGGAGGUUGAAACUUUGGAUGCCGGGUGGCUGGGAUGUUGAAACUAUGGGUGCUUGGUGGUUGGGAUGCUGAAACUAUGGAUGCUGGGUGGCUGGGAGGCUGAAACUAUGGAUUCUGGGAAGUUGAAACUAUGGAUAUUAGGUGGUUGGGAGGCUGAAACUAUUGAUGAUUGGUGGCUGUAAGGUUGAAACUAUGGAUACUGGGUGGCUGGGAUUUUGAAAUGAUGUAUGCUGGGUGGCUGGGAGGGUGAAACUAUGGAUACUGGGUGGCUGGGAUUUUGAAAUGAUGUAUGCUGGGUGGCUGGGAGGGUGAAACUAUGGAUACUGGCUGGUUGGGAGGCUGAAACUAUGGAUUUUGGAAAGUUGAAACUAUGGAUACUAGGUGGUUGGGAGGCUGAAACUAUGGAUGAUGGGUGGCUGUGAGGUUGAAACUAUGGAUACUGGGUGGCUGGGAGGUUGAAACUAUGGAUACUGGGUGGCUGGGAUUUUGAAAUUCUGGAUACUGGGUGGCUGGGAGGCUGAAACUAUGAAUACUGGGUGGCUGGGAGGCUGAAACUAUGGAUACUGGGAGGCUGGGAGACUGAAACUGUGGAUACUAGCUGGUUGGGAGGCUGAACUAUGGAUUCUGGGAAGUUGAAACUAUGGAUACUAGGUGGUUGGGAGGCUGAAACUAUGGAUACUAGGUGGCUGGGAGGCUGACACUAUGGAUACUGGGUGGCUGGGAGGCUGAAACUAUGGAUACUGGGUGGCUGGGAGGUUGAAACUAUGGAUACUAGGUGGCUGGGAGGCUGAAACUAUAGAUACAGGGUGGUUGGGAGGCUGAAACUAUGGAUACUAUUUGGCUGGGAGGUUGACACUAUGGAUACUGGGUGGCUGGGAGGUUGAAACUUUGGAUGCCGGGUGGCUGGGAUGUUGAAACUAUGGGUGCUUGGUGGUUGGGAUGCUGAAACUAUGGAUGCUGGGUGGCUGGGAGGCUGAAACUAUGGAUGAUGGGUGACUGUGAGGUUGAAACUAUGGAUACUGGGUGGCUGGGAGGUUUAAACUAUGGAUACUAGGUGGCUGGGAUUUUGAAAUUAUGGAUGCUGGGUGGCUGGGAGGCUGAAACAAUCGAUACUGGCUGGUUGCGAGGCUGAAACUAUGGAUUCUGGGAAGUUGAAACUAUGGAUAUUAGGUGGUUGGGAGGCUGAAACUAUGGAUGAUGGGUGGCUGUGAGGUUGAAACUAUGGAUACUGGGUGGCUGGGAGGUUGAAACUAUGGAUACUGGGUGGCUGGGAUUUUGAAAUGAUGUAUGCUGGGUGGCUGGGAGGGUGAAACUAUGGAUACUGGCUGGUUGGGAGGCUGAAACUAUGGAUUUUGGAAAGUUGAAACAAUGGAUACUAGGUGGUUGGGAGGCUGAAACUAUGGAUACUAGGUGGCUGGGAUGCUGAAUCUAUGGAUACUGGGUGGCUGGGAGGCUGAAACUAUAGAUACAGGGUGGUUGGGAGGCUGAAACUAUGGAAACUAGGUGGCUGGGAGGUUGAAACUAUGGAUACUGAGUGGCUGGGAGGUUGAAACUAUGGAUGCCGGGUGGCUGGGAUGUUGAAACUAUGGGUGCUUGGUGGUUGGGAUGCUGAAACUAUGGAUGCUGGGUGGCUGGGAGGCUGUUAACUAUGGAUGCUGGGUGGCUGGGAUGCUGAAAUUGUGGGUGCUUGGUGGUUGUGAUGCUGAAACUAUGGAUGCUGGGUGGCUGGGAAGCUGAAACUAUGGAUACUGGGUGGCUGUGAGGUUGAAAGUAUGGAUACUGGUUGGCUGGGAGGUUGAAACUAUGGAUACAGGGUGGUUGGGAGGUUGAAACUAUACCGGGUGUUUGGGAGGCUGAAACUAUGGAUACUGGGUGACUGGGAGGUUGAAUAUAUUGAUACUGGGUGGCUGGGAGGCUGAAACUAACUCUGGGAGGCUGGGAGGCUGAAUCUAUGGAUGCUGGCCGGCUGUGAGGUUGAAACUAUGGAUACCGGGUGCUUGGGAGGCUGAAACGAUGGAUACUGGGUGGCUGGGAGGUUCAAACUAUACCGGGUGGCUUGGGAGGCUGAAACUAUACCAGGUGUUUGGGAGGCUGAAACUAUGGAUACUGGGUGACUGGGAGGCUGAAUCUAUGGAUGCUGGGUGGCUGGGAGGUUGAAACUAUGGAUACCGGGUGCUUGGGAGGCUGAAACGAUGGAUACUGGUUGGUUGGGAGGUUGAAACUAUCGGUGCUUGGUGGUUGGGAUGCUGAAACUAUGGAUACUGGUUGACUUGGAGGUUGGAUCUAUUGAUACUGGGUGGCUGGGAGGUUGAAACUAUACUGGGUGUUUGGGAAGCUUAAACUAUACCAGGUGUUUGGGAGGCUGAAACUAUGGAUACUGGGUGGCUGGGAGGCUGAAUCUAUGGAUGCUGGGUGGCUGGGAGGUUGAAACUAUGGAUACCGGGUGCUUGGGAGGCUGAAACUAUGGAUACUGGUUGGUUGGGAGGUUGAAACUAUGGGUGCUUGGUGGUUGGGAUGCUGAAACUAUGGAUACUGGUUGACUGGGAGGUUGAAACUGGAUACUUGGUGGCUGGGAGGUUGAAACUGUGGAUGCUGGGUGGCUUGGAGGCUGAAACUAUGGAUGCUGUGUGGCUGGGAUGUUGAAACUAUGGAUUCUGGGUGGCAGGGAGGUUGAAAGUAUGGAUACUUGUUGGCUGGGAGGUUGAAACUAUGGAUACAGUGUGGUUGGGAGGUUGAAACUAUGCCGGGUGUUUGGGAGGCUGAAACUAUGGAUACUGGGUGACUGGGAGGUUGAAUCUAUUAAUACUGGGUGGCUGGAAGGUUGAAACUAUGGAUGCUGGGUGGCUGGGAGGCUGAAACUGGAUACUUGGUGGCUGGGAGGUUGAAACUAUGGAUUCUGGGUGGCUGGGAGGCUGAAACUAAGGAUACUUGGUGGCUGGCAGGUUGAAACUAUGGAUUCUGGGUGGCUGGGAGGCUGAAACUAUGGAUACUGGGUGGUUGGGAGGUUGAAACUAUGGAUGCUGGGUGGCUGGGAGGCUGAAACUAUGGAUACUGGGUGGUUGGGAUGUUGAAACUAUGGAUACUGGGUGGCUGGGAGGUUGAAACUAUGGAUGCUGGGUGGCUGGGAGGCUGAAACUAUGGAUAAUGGGUGGUUGGGAGGUUGAAACUAUGGAUACUGGGUGGCUGGGAGGUUGAAACUAUGGAUACUGGGUGGCUGGGAGGCUGAAACUAUGGAUUCUGGGUGGCUGGGAGGUUGAAACUAUGGAUACUGGGUGGCUGGGAGGUUGAAACUAUGGAUACUGGGUGGCUGGGAGGCUGAAACUGGAUACUUGGGGGCUGGGAGGUUGAAACUAUGGAUACUUUGUGGCUGGGAGGCUGAAACUUGCUCUGGGAGUCUGGGAGGCUGAAACUAACUCUGCCAUAAACCAGACAUGAAUGCUGUGAAUGCUGUGUUUAUGAGGGGUAUCAGAGAAGGAUUGUGUGUGUUUGUGUCUUUGUGUGUGUGUUUGUGUCUUUUUGUGUUUGUUUGUGUGUUUGUGUGUGUGUGUUUGUGGGCCCUAUAACCUUGGCAGAGAGCUUUACGACAUGCAAAUCAUGUGCCUUUCAGACAAGUUGGUCAGGGCUGCUAUUGGUUAAUGUUUGACUUCACCUCUCUACACUGCUAUUUUUCUAGGAUGGUUUGGUCAGCAUUUCAAAAUGAUUUAUUAUGAUAUUGCAGCAAUUUCAGGGGGUAGCCAAAUGGCACUGGAAUCAAACCAGAUCCAUGUGUUUGUAAGUCUUACACCUUAGCCUUGAGAAAUGUUAACAUAGUAAUAUCAUAGUGAUAUAUCUCAUCUGAUGUGUGUAUGUGUGUAUUUCAGCGGUUCAGAAUGAGAGAGAUCGUAUCAGCUCUAGAAGAAGCGUUCAGGACAAUCAGGAUCUCCUACCUAUCACUAUUCUGGCCCAAGCAGAGUCACUGUCUCAGCAGGUAACACACACACACACACACACACACACACACACACACACACACACACACACACACACACACACACACACACACACACACACACACACACACACACACACACACACACACAAUUGCUCUAAGUAAUCAUUAUCAGGUCACUGUAGAAGGUGGUUCAUAUCUUCAUGAUUGUUUCCAUUCGUCUGCAUGACAUCUCACUCCCCUCUCUCUCUAGAUCAGUGUAUCUAGUCCCAGUGGUGCAGUAGAUGUAUCAGAACAGAAGUCGGCUGGUGUGGGUGAUGUCUGUGACUCCAUGAGACAACAGCUGCUUGUGUUGGUGGAAUGGGCCAAGUACAUUCCUGCCUUCGGAGAGCUGCCCCUGGACGACCAGGUACACACCCUGACUAGGCUAGGCCAACCAACUACACGACUACCAAGAAGUGACUGGAACUGGAACUGAAACUAAACAGUGGUUACCAAAGACUCAACUAAAGGCUUUUGAAUGUGCCUGUGACCUUCCAGAAACACAAAGUAAUAUUUCUUCAGUCCGUAGCUAAUGGUUUAGAGUCACAUGAUGCUGAGAUGUUUGGUCACUGAUGUCCUUGUUUCUCACGCUGUGUGUGUGUUUUGUGUGUGUGUGUGUGUGUGUGUGUGUGUGUGUGUGUUUUGUGUGUGUGUGUGUGUUUGUCCAGGUGAGUCUGCUCAGGGCUCAUGCAGGGGAACACCUUCUACUUGGGGUCGCCAAGAGGUCAAUGCCUUAUAAGGACUUCCUGCUCCUUGGUAAGAACUGACCAAUCACCUCUCCUUCAUGCCUCAGUAACACCCAGUCAAAACUUGCCAUACUGCUUUGCCAAGCUUGUUUUAAGGCUAACAGGUCGUUGCCCUGCAAGACUGUUAUUCACCCUGAUAAUCAUUGACUCAAGGCUUUGUCUAUGGAGGCCUCUGACUUAAACACUUCUUAUCAGAGAGAAAUACAUGGAAGACACUUUACUUGGAUUGCCCCUACAGAUGAUUUGUAAAACUAUCCAAAUAAUGAGUUAGUAAGUGGUGAUACCAUCACUCAGACGCAGGUACUAACACACACACACCAUCACACACACACACAGUAAUACAAUGCUAUUUAUCUGGAAACAAAUGAAUAACAGACAUUCAGAAUGCACUCAGCAUGUACUGCACUGACACAACUGACUGAUGAUUGGUUGAAAGAAAUGGAUAAUAAUAAGAUAGUGGGAGCGGUUAGAUUUCACUGCAGCCUUUGAUAUUAUUGACCAAUAACCUGCUGUUGAGAAAAGUUAUGUGUUAUGGCUUUUCAGCCAUAUCGUGGAUUGGGAGCCACAGUAUCUCAAUGUAAUAUAACAGAGGGUUUUCUUUAAUGGAAGCUUCUCUAAUGUCAAACAUGUGAAGUGUGGUGUACACAAAAUAAAAAAGAAUAAUUAAUGUGUUGGAAAUUCCAAAUAGUUUGCAUAGUCAACUUACACACAGCACUGACACACACACUUACCCCACCAGACAUGCCACCAGGGGUCUUUUCCCAGUCCCCAGGUCCAGAACAAAUUCAAGGAAGCAUACAGUAUUAUACAGAGCCAUUAUUGCAUUAGCGCAAGUGAACAGCAAACCUGGUUUCAAAAAAACUAAUAAAGCAACACCUCACGGCACAACGCCUCUCCCCAUGUGACCUACUUGUUGUGUGUAUGUACUGACAUGUAUGUGUAACUGAUAGAUGCUCACACACUACAUGUUCAAAUGGAUGUAUUUUUGUCUGUAAUGUCUUUUUUGUUAUGUGUCGGACCCCAGCAAGACUAGCUGUCGCCAUUGGUGUCGGCUAAUGGGGAUCCUGAUAAAUCUAAUCAAAAACCAAAUCACUAACAGACACACACAAACAGUACAUCCCCCAUAACACGUGGAAAACACACACUCAACCCCCCUCCCAAAACACACACUGAUCUCCCCCCCCCCUCCCUCUCCAGGUAAUGGGUGUGUGAUCCAUGGUAGCAGUGCGGAGCCGGAGAUGGGUCGUGUAGCUAACCGUGUUCUAGGUGAGCUGGUCCUGCCCUUCCAGGACAUCCAGAUAGAUGACAAUGAGUAUGCUGCUCUCAAGGCCAUCGUCUUCUUUGACCCUGGUAAGCACUUUAACGCCUCCGUACCAGGCAACCUUCCACACACACCACACACACUUUUACACACCACACACACUUUUACACACCACACACACUCAUACACACCACACCACACCCACACACAUCAUAACAACAACCACACACACCACACCACCUGUUAACACAACCACAACACUACACUUUUACACAACACACACCACACCACACACCACUCAUACCACCACCACACACAAACCACACAGACACACCCACAGCCACACUUUACACACCUACACACACCACACACACUCAUCCACACGCACACACCAGCUCAUACACAUCACAACACAACUUUGCCACCCCACCACACCCACACUACACUCUUACACACCACCACACACAACACUCAAUCACACCACCCACACAACCACACACCCCCAUAGGCACACCACACACACUUUACACACUUUACACCACACACACCAUACACCACACCACACCAUACCACACCACACCAAUCACACACCACACACACACCCCACACCCCACACACCACACAAUAGCUUUAUUUAUUCAAUCGAACAAAGUUAAUUUGAAUGGUUUUGUUAAUCAUUGACAUGUGACUGUUCUCUGUUCCCUUUGUUCCACCAGACACCAAUAGUCUUCACACAUUCAUAUCAUAUCAUUCACCCAUACAUUUUCUCCCUCUCCCUCCACCCCUUCAUCCGUUCAUCCCUCCUUCUCUCCAGAUGCCAAGUCUCUGCGUGAUCCGUCGAAGAUCAAGGCGAUGCGUCUGCAGGUCCAGAUGAGUCUAGAGGACUAUAUUAACGACCGUCAGUAUGACUCCAGAGGGAGGUUUGGAGAGCUGCUGCUACUGCUGCCUACUCUACAGUCCAUCACCUGGCAGAUGAUAGAACAACUGCAGUUUGUUAAACUCUAUGGCCUGGCCAAGAUCGACAACCUACUGCAGGAGAUGCUGCUGGGAGGUGGGUGUAUGAUAACAGAACAUUGAUAAUAUUGAUAAGCAAUAUAGAUGUUAUGACGCUACUUUGAGGUGAGUAGUAGUAGUGUACAUUAAAGGUGGACGAAAGCAAAUAUCUUCUCCUGUGUCCUCAUUGGCUGGUUUGUCUGCCUGUCUCCAGGUCUGGCUUCAGAGGCAACCCACCUGCACCACCCAGGUCACACCCAGUUAGCCCAGGACCCUUUGACUGGACACACACUGGUCAUCAGCACCAUGGGGGCACCCCCACUUCUCAAAAGGGAAGAAAAAAAAAAAAAAAACACAAAAAAAAAAAAAAAAAGGGGGAGAGUUUGGGCAUCAUGGCAACCCCCCAACCAUGAAGCUCAUUUUAUACGAAUCCCCUUUUCCAACUCCCCUUUCCAAACCCCCAACUCCACAAAAAAAAAAAAAAAACCCAAAAAAAAAAACCCCAAGAAAAAACCAACAAAGGGGAAAAAAAAAAACCCCAACACACAGCCAGAACAAAAAAGAAAAGAAAAGAAAACCCCCCAAAACAAAGCAACAAAAGAAAAAAAAAAAAAAAAGGGAAAAAAAAAGAAGGUAAAAAAAAAAAAAAACGAAAAAAGAACAAAAAAACAAAAGAAAUAUACCACAUCAAAAAAACAGAAAUAAAAAAAACAACCUUCUACAACCCCAAAAAAAAAUCCAACACCAAAAAAAAAACCACCCUCAACCCCCCCCAACCCCCCCCCCACCCCCCCCCCCCCCCCCCCCCCCCCCCCCUUCACUCCCAUCUUCUCUCUUCACAGCGUCUCCAGACACUCCUAUCCCGUCUCCUCCUCAGGGUCCAGAGAUGUACAAGUCCUCUUCUAGCCCCUCCCUCCUGGUGGCCCCGCCCCUCCCACACAGACGUACCCACGAUCCCUCCCUCUGAGUGUACAGCACCCGACCCGCGAAUAACAAAACAGACAAAACAUACUGUCAGCCAUGAAUGCAACCAAAACUACAGAAAGCCUGUUCGAUGGGCCAAAUACUAAUUUGAGAUCUACAUUCCAUGCGUAACUUGUAAACCAUGCAUUCAAAUCAAAUCAAAUGUAUUUAUCAAGCCAUUUUAACAUCAGCAGAUGUCACAAAGUGCUAUACAGAUACCUAGCCUAAAACCCCAAAAAGCAAGCAAUGCAGAUGUAGAAGCACGAUCAAUGGUAGUUUCAAAACUUGAGUUUGCCCUAUGUGUUUAAAGGUGUAAAAUAUUUGAUGUUUUCUCUCCAUUCAGUGCCAUAGGUUUUCACUCCAGUUCAGGAGUCUAGAAAUGGAGUAAUCUGUGUAAAUUGUAGCAUCUAUAAAUCAUUAGAAUAUUCCUAGUCUCUGACCCUCUGUUAUCAUGAUGUAAAUGGGAGUGUGUAUUUGAGCUUUCCAUAGGCUCAUCAUUGAAGAUGGAGCGAGAGAUUUGUAAAUCACCAUGUACAUUAUAUACAGUAUGUGUUACUCAAAGUGAUUAGGACUGUGUUUGGAACACAUGAUGUUCACGUGUUGCCACGUUGCUUGUAUAACUAUGUAUAACUAACCAUACAUUUAGUUCCUAAUCAACUCUGCAGUGGCUUUCAGUCUUUUGAGAUUACUGUCAUGAUAUGAAAUUAUAUGACAUUUUUCAAAUUUGGUGUUUAAAUUCAAUUGAAUAUGUCAAAUGAAUCUUAUUGGCCUUCGUUAGACUGUCGAAUAGUGUAUACAAAUUAGAAAAUGUAAGCUGUAUAUUGUCAUUGAAACAGAACACUAUUUUCAAUGAAUUGUAGCCUCUGCUUUUGUAGGCUUUUGCAUGAACAUGGACAUAGUUAUGAAUAAAUACACACCGUAACAGAACUAACCCAGCAACCACGGUGACCCACAGCAGAGAAAAAUAUGGGUACUGGUUCCCCCAUGUGGUUUAAAUAGAAAUAACAAUCCUGCAAUCACUAGAUGGCCAAGGUGUCAAUAAUUGUCAGAGCUGAUGAUAAAGUAUGUGAGGUGUUUGUUAUUAAUUAACUGAGUAUUUUAUAUGAUAAUAAUAUAUAAAUAAUAAUAUAGAUAGGUUCCAUAUUCCAUAUGCUCCGUGACCUUUCACCCGACGGCUCCUAUCACUGCUCUAUUGGUCUGGGAUAUGUGGUGUGUGUCCAUUUCUGUAUUGGUCUGGGAUAUGCUGUUUGUUGAUAUGAGUUGAGUGAAAGUUGAUACCAGCUGAUGCUCAUUUUGCCCUCUCACCUAAAAGAAAAUGAGAAAACACAAACAUAGUCUAGAAAUAAAUAAACCCUACUCGUACUGAAUGCUUUAGUGUGGUAUGUUUACACUCAGGCUUGGGUAAGUUACUUUCCAAAUGUAAUCCGUUACAGUUACCUGUCCAAAAUUGUAAUC